CGCUGUGUGCACGCCGUGGCUCGCGGCUCUUGGCACGGGAUGAGGAUGUGUUUUCCGGGCUGAGCCCCAUACGCGGCUCGCCCGGUACCGGUCCGCCUCGCCUCGCCUGGUCUGGUCUGGUCUGGUCUGGUCCCGUUGGGUGUGUGAGUUUCUGAGAAUGAAGAAGUGACUGAGCUGUGAUUGCAGUGAUGGCUGUGCAGACCGGCAUUCAGGUGUGGUUCGGAGAGAAGUUCGAUGCCCCCCUGUUGAGCCCCCGCAGCCCGUUGGCCCAGCGGCACGGCCCUGGCCUGGCCGACGUCUUCCAGUAUGACCAGUGGUUGGCCGUACGGCACGAGGCAACCCUUGUACCCAUGCAAGAGGAUUUGGCAAUCUGGCUGACCGGUCUGCUUGGGGAGGAGGUGCGAACCGAGUUCUUCAUGGAGGAGCUGAACAACGGCGUCAAGCUCUGCCAGCUAAUCGGCGUUCUGCAGAGCAGGAUUGCCCAGAGCUGUCCGACCGAGCUCAACAAGCUGUUUCCUAUGAGGAAGGUGGCAUGUAAGAGGGACGCCUCACCGGGGUCCUUCUUCGCCCGCGACAACACGGCGAACUUCCUGUGCUGGUGUCGCCACAUCGGCGUGGAGGAGACGUACCUGUUUGAGUCGGAAGGUCUCGUUUUACACAAAGAGCCGCGGCAGGUCUGCCUCUGUCUGCUGGAGAUCGGCCGCAUCGUCUCCAAGUACGGCGUGGACCCGCCGGUACUGGUCAAACUGGAGAAGGAGAUCGAGCUGGAGGAGACACGGCUGAUGACGGAGGAGCCGGCGCCCGCCGUCAAAACCUUCAGCGUCUGCUGCCAACAUGGAGGCCUCUUCCAGCCCGGGGAGCACGGCAUGGACGACCCCCCCUGUAACUGUUCCAAUAGGGUCUCCAUAGAGUAUCUGUCUGAGGGACGCUACCGACUGGGAGACAAGACGCUCUUCAUCAGGAUGCUUCAUGGGAAACAUGUGAUGGUGCGUGUUGGUGGUGGUUGGGACACCCUUCGUGGUUUCCUGUUGAAGUACGAUCCGCUGCGUGUGCUGCAGUUCACCACGCUGGAGCAGAAGAUCCUGUCUUUCCAGAAAGGUCCAACGGGCGUUGCCACGGCGCCACCCCCUCCACCAGACAUGGACCCGCUCGCUGCCGUCGACAACCUACCCUCCUCCUCGCCUUCCUCCUCCUCGCCUUCCUCCUCUUCCUCCUCCUCUUCCUCUACCUCAUCUGCUCCCUGCGCGCCAACCGUCAAGCCGGGGACCAACGCCGGGCAGACGUGUCGCUCGUACACCCCCUCCCCUGCCUGCACCCCCACUUUACCCCGGAAAGGAGUAGUGCAGGUCCCCAGAAAGAACCUCCAGGGGGUGCCUUCCUGCCCCCGGAAGCCCAACCAGCUAGCCCUGCCCAUCCCCGCCAAAGGCUCCUCCUCCUCUCUGCCCUCCACACCCAUCACCACUCCUUCCAAGUCCCCGCCCGCAUCGGCUGGGCGGCUCCAGAGACGAGCCGUGACGCCGUCUGCUGCUCCGACCUCCACACCUUCCUCCUCUUCCGCCACAGCUCCUAAACUGAAGCUCAGACCCUCCCCCCGCGCCCCUCCCUCCCAACCCAGGAGCCCCGUUUGCCCCGAGCCAUCCUGCAAAUGUCCCAAGCCCUCCAACCCCAGCACACCCUCGGCCCCACGGCUUGACACCCCCCUAAAGGACACUCGCCCCCCGCCAGGCGCUGGUCAGCGCACUCGUCUGGUGCAGAGGCGUCCUGGCUCCCCGUCUUCGCGCCUCCGUCUUGAGGCGGCAAGGAGAGCGCGGCCAGCCGUGAGGGCUGGGGGGCCGGCGGCUCUGCAGGCCAAAGCGCUAUCUCCGGCAUCACGUACGAACUCUCCGGCUCCGCCCAGCCCCACCAACCCUCUGUUAAAAGGCAGGAUGGCGGCCCCAGCCAGGGCCGCUGCAGUUCCCCCCCGCGUGGCCAGCAGCCCCGCGCGAGUCCCCUCCGCCCCCAGCAAACCUAACCAGAGGGCAGCAGCUGCAAGCCACAGGACUGGACGGAAGCAAACGGUCGCCGCCAACCUCACUGCCCCUGAGAAGGAAACGCUGAAACCCGAGACGGCGGCGUCACAAACCAAGGUGCCGCAGGGCGCCAGCCGCAAAGUCAAGGCUGUUAAAACCGACCCGCUCGGCGUGAAGGUCAAACCCAGCAAAGGCAAAAGUGAGGACUCUUAUUUUGAAAUGAGCAGUAAACAGAGACUGAAGACUUAAGAGAGGCGAUGACGCGUUUUUUUUUUAAACACCUCAUCGCUCUUCACUUCUUGCAGCACCAAACCUGCAGCCAGCCAGGUGACCACACAGCGCUUGCCAGGAUAAACCCAUUUCAGCAAUCAAAAUGAUUUGACUAUUUUAAAUUUGUGGAUUUUUUAUUUUAUUUAAUAAGUCUUUAUUUCUUAUCCAGAAGGGUCAAAGGGGUCACGCGUUGCGGUCUGUCGAUGUAACGUCCAACCUUUUUCCUUUUUUUAAAGCUUGUGUCGUCGUUCAGUUCCAAUGGACUGGGUUAAUUAAGACGCUAAUUGCACAGUGUUUACAUUUGGUUUAACCGCCCAGCUCGCUGGACUUGGCAUUUCUCUACUUUCUCAUAAGUGGCAUUAACAAACCAUCAACCCAGUGCAGUAGAAGCUAUUUUGAUUUUUAUAUCUUUUUUUAAAAAAAAAACAAAAUCAUUCUCACCUAAAACCUCGUCGCAGGCGCUUUCUGAGGGGGGGGGGGUUUCUGAAGGAGGCGGACGCACUCGGAUGAUCAACGGGAAAUUCUGCAGAAACGAUAAACGAGUUGGUCUCCCCGCGAGCGAGAAAACCCCCAAAGCUGGCUAAUAAAGCUUUGGACCGCCACGUGCUCUUCUGGGAAGCACUUCCCUAACCAAAGUCUUCAGAAUGACGGACAACUGGAACAGGCAGCCGUCCCUGACUCCACUGCUGGGAUCAGAGGCGUCUGGUUAUUAUCAUUAUUAUUAUUAUUAUUGUUUUCUCUCUUGUCUAUAAUUGGUGUUUAGGAGGGCGUCCCUGUUGACGGCGCCGGAAGUAACGUUGUAACGAGUUCUUCCCUCACGUGCCUUCUGCUCGGCAGUAGAAUGUAAUAGAGGCUAAAAGGGGUUCGGGGUUGUUUUAACCUUUGUUUUGCUGAUAAUGGACCUAUUCCACAAACAUGGCUGACCUAGCCCCGCUUCGUCCGAGAAGGGUCAAGACGUUGUUUCCCCGUUGCCCGUAAUGCUAAAAGAAGCUAACGGAUCUUCUGUCGCCUGCGACCUCUUGUGUUGUGUCUCGGUAGUGUUUUACCGACACGCCGCUACGUCGCUGCUGACUGUCACACCGUAAAACAACCGUAAAACACGAUUCGACCGAGGGUCACAAAGUGCUCCCAAACACCGCUAGCCUGAGUUAGCUGGGCUCCCAAACACCGCUAGCCUCAGUUAGCCGGGCUCCCAAACACCGCUAGCCUGGGUUAGCCGGGCUCCCAAACACCGCUAGCCUGGGUUAGCCGGGCUCCCAAACAUCGCUAGCCUCGGUUAGCCGGGCUCCCAAACACCGCUAGCCUCGGUUAGCCGGUUAGCAUUUAUGACCACAAAAUUCUGACGGGCUCCGAAAUACCGCUAGCUUCGGUUAGCCGGGCUCCGUAACACCGCUAGCCUCGGUUAGCCGGGCUCCCAAACACCGCUAGCCUCGGUUAGCCGGUUAGCAUUUAUGACCACAAAAUUCUGACGGGCUCCGAAAUACCGCUAGCUUCGGUUAGCCGGGCUCCGAAAUACCGCUAGCCUCGGUUAGCCGGGCUCCCAAACACUGCUAGCGUCGGUUAGCCGGGCUCCGUAACACCGCUAGCCUCGGUUAGCCGGGCUCCCAAACACCGCUAGCCUCGGUUAGCCGGUUAGCAUUUAUGACCACAAAAUUCUGACGGGCUCCGAAAUACCGCUAGCUUCGGUUAGCCGGGCUCCGAAAUACCGCUAGCCUGGGUUAGCCGGGCUCCGAAAUACCGCUAGCCUGGGUUAGCCGGGCUCCCAAACACCGCUAGCCUCGGUUAGCCGGGCUCCCAAACACCGCUAGCCUCGGUUAGCCGGGCUCCGAAAUAUCGCUAGCCUCGGUUAGCAUUUGUGACCACAAAAUGCUAACGGGCUCCGAAACACUGCUAGCCUCGGUUAGCCGGGCUCCCAAACACCGCUAGCCUCGGUUAGCCGGUUAGCAUUUAUGACCACAAAAUUCUGACGGGCUCCGAAACACUGAUAGCCUGGGUUAGCCGGGCUCCGAAACACCGCUAGCCUCGGUUAGCCGGGGUCCCAAACACCGCUAGCCUCGGUUAGUCGGUUAGCAUUUGUGACCACAAGAUGCUAACGGGCUCCGAAAUACCGCUAGCCUCGGUUAGCCGGUUAGCAUUUGUGACCACAAAAUGCUAACGGGCUCCGAAACACCGCUAGCCUCGGUUAGCUUUGUGUGACCCUCGAUGGACUCGCCAUUUUUAAUUGUCAGUUCCGCCUGACAGCGGCAACACAAAGACGUCAGCGGGCGGGAAGCCCCGUAUUGUAUUAAACGCUGUGUUGACGUUAAACACGUGAGCACCGGGCAGAAUCGAAGGCGACAGAAAUUUAAAGCCUUUUUCUUCGUCCGCAUGGCGGCUAAACGGGGAGGAACCGGAAGUGCGUCGGCCAUGUUUGGUGUAUUGCGUCGCGUGCACAAGCGCUCGUCCGUGAUCUUGAUUGUAAGUCACAGAUGAAUUUACUACUGAUCAAUGCCUAUUAAUGGAAUUCAUUCUUUUAGUGUGGGGUCUAAUUAUGUCGUAGACUUAUUUUUAUGCGGUUUUGAAUUUUCGUUUGUCACAUUUUAGUUUAUUUUAAUGUGUGUGUGUGUGUAUAGAUAUAUGGUAUAUAUAUAUAUAUACGUAUGAUUCGUUAGACGUUUUCUUGUUUGGCACUUUAUGGAAACCUCUGUGUUUUGUCACGAUUUGAAUGUUGAUUCUAUUGUGUCUCCUUUUCCAAACUACGUUUGUCAUUUUAACUAAUAAAGAGACGUUUG